AUGGGAAAUUACAAAUCCAGCCUAACCCAAACUUGUACAGAUGAGUGGAAGAAGAAAGUCAGUGAAUCUUACAUUAUGAUAAUAGGAAGAUUAGAAUAUGACCUGCAGAUCAAGGAAAAAGAAUUAACAGAACUAUGGCAUGUUUGGGGCUCUGAGGAAACCUUCAAUAAAGUCAACUUGAAUAACACAACUGAAGAUGGAUUAUCUCUCCUACAUUUGUGUUACAUCUGUGAAGGCAUUAAGUCACAUAUUUGAACCCUUAUGUUAAAAGGGAUCUGCCCAUCUCGAUUGACAAGAAAUGGAUUUACAGCAUUGCACCUGGCAGUUUACAAGGACAGUGCAGAACUGAUCACUUCCCUGCUUCACAGUGGAGCAGAUAUAUAGCAGGUUGGAUAAGGUGGCCUCACAGCCCUCCAUAUUGCUGUGAUAGCUGGCCAUCUAGAGUCUGCUGAUGUGUUAUUGAAACAUGGAGCAACUGUCAAUGUUCAAGAUACAGUUUUCUUCACUCCAUUGCACAUUGCAGCUUACCAUGGGCAUGAGCAGGUAACACACCUUCUUUUGAAAUUUGGUGCUGGCGUAAAUGUAAGUGGUAAAGUUGAAGACAGACCUCUCUACUUAGCAUCUGCAAAAGGAUUAUUUAAUAUUGCAAAACUCCUAAUGGAAGAUGGGAACAAAGCAGAUGUGAAUGCUCAAGAUAAUGAAAACCAUGUCACACUCCAUUUUUGUGCUCGUUUUGGACACCAUGAUAUUGUGAAAUACUUGUUUCAAAGUGAUUUGGAAGUUCAACGUCACAUUGUUAAUAUUUAUGGAGACACUUCUUUGCACCUGGCAUGCUACAAUGGUAAAUUUGAAGUUGCUAAGGAAAUCAUUCAAAUAACAGAAACUGAAAGUCCGACUAAAGAAAACAUCUUCAGUGAAACAGCUUUUCACAGAACUGGUACCUAUGGCAAGAACAUUGACCUGGUUAAAUUUCUUCUUGAUCAGAAUACUGUAAACAUCAAUCAUCAAGGAAGAGAUGGCCACACAGGAUUGCACUCUGCUUGCUACCAUGGUCACAUUCGUUCGGUUCAGUUCUUACUGGAUAAUGACACUGAUAUGAACCUGGUAGCUUAUGAUCCCAGAAGGUCUACUGGUGAAAAAGAUGAACAGACAUGUUUGAUGUGGGCUUAUGAAAGAGGACAUAAUGCCAUUGUUACACUCCUGAAGCAUUAUAAGAGACCCCAGGAUGAAUUGCCCAGUAAUGAAUAUCCUCAGCCUGGAGAAAGUACCACUUACCAAUCUGUUCCAGCCCCCUUGGGGAAGAUUAAAAGCAUGACAAAAGAUAUUUCUAAAUGGAAGGCAGAUGUGUUCCUCCUAAGAGCUGGACUGCCUUCACAUUUCUACCUUCAGUUGUCAGACAUGGAGUUCCAUGAGAUUAUUGGCUCAGGUUCUUUUCGGAAAGUACAUAAAGGACGAUGGAGAAAUAAGAUAGUGACUUUAAAACGUUAUCGAGCCAACACCUACUGUUCCAAGUCUGAUGUGGAUAUGUUUUGCCGAGUGGUGUCCAUUCUCUCCCAGCUCAAUCAUCCUUGUGUAAUUCACUUUGUUGGAGCGUGCUUGAAUGAUUCCAGCCAAUUUGCCAUCGUCACUCAGUAUAUAUCUGGAGGUUCUCUGUUCUCCCUUCUUCAUGAGCAGAAGAGGAUUCUUGAUUUGCGGUCUAAAUUGAUUAUUGCAGUAGAUGUUGCCAAAGGUAUGGAGUACCUUCACAACCUGACACAAUCGAUUAUACACAGUGAUUUGAACAGUCACAAUAUUCUUCUCUAUGAGGAUGAGCAUGCUGUAGUGGCAGUUUUUGGAGAAUCACAAUUUCUCUAGUCUCUGGAUGAAGACAACAUGACAAAACAACCUGGGAACCUCCGCUGGAUGGCGCCCGAGGUGUUCACGCAGUGCACACAGCACACCAUCAAAGCUGAUGUGUUCAGCUUCCUCUGUCUGUGGGAACUGCUCACUGGAGAUCCCUUUGCUCAUCUCAAGCCAGGUGCAUUUGGAACCUUUUUCAUCCCUGCAGCAGCAGACAUGGCUUAUCACCAUAUCAGGCUUCCUAUUGGCUAUUCCAUCCCCAAGCCCAUGUCUUCUCUGCUGAUGCGAGGGUGGAACGCCUGUCCUGAAGGAAGACCUGAGUUUUCUGAAGUUGUUACAAAGUUGAAGGAGUGCCUCUGCAACAUUGAGCUGAUGUCUCCCGCAUCAAGUAACAGCAGUGGGUCUCUCUCACCUUCUUCUUCUUCUGAUUGCCUGGUGGGUCGGGGAGGGACUGGAAGGAGCCAUGUCGCAGCUCUGAGAACUUUUGAGUUGGAAUAUGCUCUAAGUGCCAGAUUCUAUGCUGUCUGGCCCCAAAGAGGUGGAGAAAUAUCUUCCUGAGGCCUGUCCCUGGAGGAGAUGAAGAGAAGUCUCCAGCACUCACCCAUUGACAAAUACGGCUACGUGACUGAUCCCAUGAGCCCCAUGCAUUUUUAUUCUUGCCGGAAGAGUGGCAGCUUUGAGGACAGCAGCUGA